AGGAAACUUUGUUGUUUUUUAUUUUUAAACAGAAGUUAAAAUGCUACUGCUUAGUUGUAUCUUCUUCAGAGUUCUGCUUCUUCUGAUAGUGGAAACUACGGGAACGAGCUUCGAUGUUGAUUACAACGGGUUGGAAAAAAUCGCUGGAACGGAACAUUUCUUCCAAUACAACUACACCGUGGACAAACUGUCCGAGCUAAGCUUCGAAAUUUCCGGAAACAUUCGUCAACUGGUCCCGUUGGACGAUGACUACGAAGUGUCGAUGAUACUGAGCCGGGCUGAUCUGGCAGGCACGGAUCCUCCGUUGUACGAGACCAUGAUGAGCCUCCAGAAGCCGGUCUGUAAGUUCAUGAACACGAUCUACCGGAAGUAUUUCUACGAUGAAUUGAAGGACGUCAGCAACUUCCCGCACUUCGAAACCUGCCCUCUGCUACCGACGGAUUACUGGAUCCGAGGGUACACCUUCGAGGGACAGGAUUAUUCGAUGGUUUUGCGUGAAGGACGCUUCAAACUCGAAUGGAGCCUGAUUAAGGACGACGAAAUUGUAGCCGGUUGUGUCAUCAAAUCAAUGGUUACGAAAAUGGCUACGGCAGAAUAA